GGCACACACGCACCCCUCUCUGUCAGUCUCUCUCUAUACCCCCCCCUUCUGCACCAUGGGACAGCCCGAGGGUCUGGAACGGUUCGACAGCCCAGGGAAAGGCCGGGGACUGAAGGCGACGCGUUCCUUCGCGCUGGGGGAGCUGCUGUUCACCUGCCCGGCCUACACCUACGUACUGACUGACACCGAGCGGGGCAACCACUGCGACUUCUGCUUCGCCAGGAAGGAAGGUUUAUCGAAAUGCGGCAAGUGCAAGCAAGCCUUUUACUGCAACGUGGACUGCCAGAAAGGAGACUGGCCCAUGCACAAGUUGGAAUGUUCGGCCAUGUGUUCUUAUGGACAGAACUGGUGUCCCUCGGAAACCGUCAGGCUCACGGCGAGGAUACUGGCCAAACAGAAAACCCAGACAGAGAGGACACCGUCGGAAACGUUCCUCUCGGUUAAAGAGUUUGAAUCCCACCUCAGCAAGCUUGACAACGAGAAGAAAGAGUUAAUUGAGAGUGACAUUGCUGCCUUGCACCGUUUUUACUCCAAGAAUUUGCACUAUACCGACAAUGCGGCACUAGUGUUCCUCUUUGCACAGGUAAACUGCAACGGCUUCACCAUUGAAGAUGAAGAACUCUCCCAUUUGGGAUCCGCCAUAUUCCCAGAUGUUGCGCUGAUGAAUCACAGCUGCUGCCCCAACAUCAUCGUCACGUUCAAGGGAACAGUGGCCGAAAUCAGAGCCGUGCAAGAGAUCCACGCCGGGGACGAGGUUUUCACCAGUUACAUUGAUCUGCUCUACCCCACGGAGGAUCGAAACGACAGACUGAUGGAUUCCUAUUUCUUUACCUGUGACUGCAGAGAGUGCUCCACUAAACAGAAGGAUCCGGCAAAAUUGGAAAUCCGAAAACUGAGCGACCCUCCGAGCCACCAGACAGUGAAAGACAUGAUCAAAUAUGCACGCAACAUCGUCGAGGAGUUCCGGAGAGCAAAGCACUAUAAGACUCCCAGUGAGCUGCUGGAGAUGUGUGAGCUGAGUCUGGAUAAGAUGGGCUCUGUGUUUGUGGACAGCAACGUGUACAUGUUACAUAUGAUGUACCAGGCAAUGGGCGUGUGUCUGUACUUGCAGGAGUGGGACGGAGCCUUAAAGUACGGAGAGAAGAUUAUCAAACCCUACAGUAAGCACUAUCCCGCAUAUUCCCUGAAUGUGGCCUCCAUGUGGCUGAAGCUGGGCCGCCUGUAUAUGGGCCUGGAAAAGACAACUAUUGGGACAAAGGCUCUGAAGAAGGCGCUGGCUAUAAUGCAAAUAGCCCAUGGUCCUGAUCAUCAUUAUAUUGCCGAGAUCAAGAAGGAAUUGGAGCUGUGAGGCACAACAUCUAUGCAAGUCCUUCAGCAAUGGGGAUCCAGGACACCGAUUCACCCCCAUCCACUGCAAGCUCCUGUGUCUUCCACGAUGGCCUGAGAAUCAUGGGAGUCUUAUUCCCCGGACACUUGAAAACAAAAGGACUAGAACAUCUUAAUGCAAAGAAAACUGGUGGGCUACAGGCUAGGGACCCCCCUAGAGUCCUGCUGCUUUAAGCAGUGAAGCCCAGUGGGUGGUAUAAAUAUUCUGAGAUCUCCUGUGUUGGCUUGUAAAACUCUUUCAUAUUCCUACUACUGCUCAGUUGGCCUUUAUCUUGAAUUUAUUUGGGUAUGUAUCUGAACUCGACCCCCUUUCCCCAGUCGGUUCCACCCUGGCGUCCCCUGUAUGACAGUUUUUCAGAAAUGCUGCCCGUAACUGUCACAUGAUGGAGCUUGUUGAUUGACUUUUUAUUUAAUGCUGUGUUUCCGUUGCCUGAGAAUGAAAUGCAACCAACGUUUUGCCUGCUGAUUUUAUCACUGAGAUUGCUGCUUUACACUGCAGUGUGAUAAUAAAAAAACACCCAA